AGACACAAUCCAAUCGACAGUUGCCUCGGUGGCACUAUACUUUCUAGUCCGCGCACAUAUACGGCCCGCUAGACUUCAGAAGGUUAAGGUGGCGGGUAGCGAUUACUACCCUGUUAUUCUGUGUUUCCUAAAAGCGGCUUCAUUCGAAGAUCUUCAGGGUUUGGUGAACAGAAAGAUGAAGGCAUCGUUUUGCAUCGCUUUGCAGUACCACCGAAGAUGAACGAAAACGAUACACGAAGACGAAGUGUGAGAUGCGUUUAUUCCACGUCUUAAAAAGAAAGAGGUUAUUGCCAGAGGAGAUUUCGGAGCUAGUCUUGCUGCGGCUCCCGUUCUCCAGUGUGAUCACCUCAAGAUUGGUGUGCAAGGAAUGGAAAUCAAUAGUGGAUUCACCCAGCUUUACGCGAUGCUACAGCGACAACGUGACGAUAAUCGAGGAAAUGGAGAAGAGUGACAUCCCAACUUACAGAAUAAUCGACAGUAGCAACAAGAUCAUGCUUUGGACGGGCCAAGGAUUCUUGAGCAUAGGCUCUUACAACCAAGGGUUGAUGGUGGCGUACUCUCCAAAGGAAGGCCAGUACUACGUGGGCAAUCCAUUCUUCAACAAGUGGAAGAAAAUCCCAAUGCUAGAACACUCCUCCCACCAUAGGGUUCGAAUCUUUGUCAAUCAGGAGAGCUACAAGCUCGUUGCAUGGGAAGACCUCGGCUCGGUUCUGACAUUUUCUCGAGGUCAAACGUGCUGGUCAAAGACCGAGGGUUCUGGGUUCACUACUGAUCCGGUCAUGAUUGACGAUAAGAUCUUUGUUGUGGACACUGUCAAGGAGAGAUUGAUCAUGUACACAGAAGGUGGCAGCUUCUCUUACAGGGCUUUGAGAAUUGGGUGUAAGUAUUCCGCGUAUAUGAACUUAGAUUGCAAGACUUAUCUGAGAGCUUGGGAGAGGAAAUUAUAUGCAGUGGUGAUAAAAGAGAACGCUCCUUAUAGCACGAGGGUCAGGAUUUGGGAGAUUCCUGACAAGGUGAAACUUGUGAGCGAGAUAGUGUUUGAUGAUGUGGCGGUGGGACUUGCUCUCGAAGUAGGCAGUGGGCAGUACUUAAAUUUUUCAACUUCAGAUGGCUUUACGUGUUCUUAUGAUAUGAAGGUGAACAACUCUUGGGAGAGUAGAAGAUUUCGUGAUGUGUCUCCCAUGUAUCUUGAUACAGACAGAAAACCUUUAUUUAAAACCGCUCGUGCUGCUGACAAGCAGCCAACCUGA